CCCAAAAUCAAGCGGCAACACUUUAAUUUCUUUUUUAACGUCAUGCGCUCGAACAUUAGCAAUGACCGUAUACAGCGCUACCUUGCUCGAGCAGAAGUAACUGAAGACAACGACCAAGCUAGAACACGACACGAAUUAUUAAAGAAACUACGGUCAUUGCUUGAGGACUUUGUUCGCCGAGCAGCACAAAAUAAAUCACUUCGACGCGACGAUUUCGUGUGUCAGUUAAUGCCAUUCGGAUCGUAUGGCUUGGGCGGAUACCUUGCAGGGGCUGAUAUGGACCUCGUGUUGCUAAGUGCCUUUGCAGUGGAAAGACGCGAUUUUUACAAGAUAUUUCCACAGCUUCUGAGAAGAAUAACAGAAGAUGGUAUUGAGGUGAUAAGGCGGACCGCGGUUCCGAUUAUCAAGUGCACCAUUGAUUCUAUUCCGGUGGAUAUAUCAUUUGUUCGUCUACGAUUGGCAGACGUGCCUGAAAAUAUCAAUUUACUCAACGACGACUAUAUGGAAGGUCUUGACAAAGAGUGCCUUGCAAGCAUGGAUGGACCACGUACACAACAGUAUAUUUUGGACAACAUCAAACCUGAGCAUAUGCCGGCGUUCCAGUGCGGGCUUCAGUGCAUCAAAUACUGGGCUACCCAACGAUAUCUGUAUGGAAAACCGAUGGGAUACCUGAACGGCAGCACCUGGACCUUUUUGCUGAUGAAGACGUAUCAGAAUGUUGCCAACUCUGAUCAUGUUGACGCGUACAAUCUGUUGCACAAGUUCUUUGACAUGUGGACCGAUUGGCCUUGGCCAGAGCCCGUAUUAUUAACUGGACGUAUACCCGGCCUUCAUGGCGAGUUUAUGGAUUUUCAAGACCUUGAAGACUUUGAGCAUUCGGUGAUGCCCAUUGUAUCACCAUGCUAUCCAGUAUGCAAUUCAGCGCCGUUUGUCACAGCUUCUACUCUUCAAAUAUUAACACAAGAGCUCAAACGAGCUAGAACCAUCAUGAAAUCAGACAACUUUUUAGAUAUCAAUAGCCUUCUUUCGAAACUAUUUAAGGAAUUAAAGUUCUUUGCUCGAUACAGACAUUUUUUGCGCGUCAUGGUUAUGUCAGAAACAAUCAAAAGUAACGACACUUGGAAACGGAAAAUGGCGACUGCGAUACCGAAACUUGUUGAACUGCUCGAAGUACACCCUUCCAUCAAUGUCAUCCACCCCUACACUAAAUCAUAUACAGAAUCAAUCAGCUAUCGCACUACACAAGGGAAACUGGCAAUUCAAGAAGGAUAUACGGAUUAUGUUGAGAACUUUGCAACGUCCUUCCAACCUGGGAGAUUGCAUGUCACCACCCAUUUGAUUGGUCUUGAAGUAGGAGCACCAGCUCCAGAAAUCGACCUAAGCAAUGAAAUCGGUGACUUUCUUAAUGAACUCGAAGCAAAACGAAACAAUAAAGACGCCGAUGUCACAUUCAAGAUCGUGUCUGCCAAAAGGAGCGAUCUACGAUCGUUGGCCAACGACUAAUUCAUAGACUGCAACACCUACAGCAACUAUUACUAUCACUAAUACUUGUAAUAAACAAAGAAAAAAAAAGACUU